AUGGCCACCGCUGCAAAGAAGCUCGACGUGUUCUCGACCACAAGCGACUACUCUAAGACCUAUGUAUUUCAUGAAGAAGACCAUACACUCGGAAACGCUUUGCGUUACGUUUUAAUGCGCAACCCUGACGUGGAUUUUUGCGGCUACACGAUUCCGCACCCUUCAGAGCCUAAGAUGCACAUUCGUUUGCAGUCCCGUCAAGGUGCACCUGCAGAUGAAGCGCUGCGUUCAGGUCUGACAGACCUUCGCAAAGUAUCGACACAGAUUGGAGACGCUUACCGGAAAGAGCUCAAAGCAUUCAAGCGGAAGACUCGCAAGAAUUAG